ACUCUUAGUUCAAUACUAUCAGAGCUUCAAUCCAAAUUUUUGCUGUUCUUUUUUAAACUGAUUUAGCUACAUGGCAGAUACUGAACACUCAGAAAGAUUUAGAGAAUUCUCUGAUAAACUGGAAAGAGCUAUUACUCCUUCCUUGAAAAAUGUAGCAAGCAAGCUUAGUGCUAAAGGUCUCAUAGCACAUAGUACAAAAAUGGAAGCAACAAGUAGCACUGAUGCUCGAGGGACAGCCACAAAGAUAGUAGAUGAGUUACAAGAAGCUCUUGAUGAACAUGAUGAUCCUGAAUCAUUUGUAAAUGAAGUGUGUACAGCAUUAAGAAAUGUUAGAGAGAAACGAAUCACUGAUGUAGUAGACAAAUUACAAUUGGGUAAGCUAAAGUAAUUUUUAUGCAAUACACUGAGUUUACAAGAGUCAAUGGAAAAUGCAACAUUUUAUAUGAAAUAA